AAUAAUGAAUUGGAUGUCAGUGCGGAGACAGUGAAUCCUUGGAAGUCUGUACCAGAAAUGAACUCGCAUCUGACCCUCCCUCUCCCCUCGAAUAAAGCCACCACCGGGGUAGUAUUGCAAACGGCUCUUCUCGGAAGCAGCCUAUCUCCGACACCUGCUUGCCUCUCUUCGGCUCUCGGUGAUCGUGAUUUUAAACAAUCUCAGGCAACUUCCCGAAUCCUGCAUAGUCUUCUGGUUGGGUGGAAGGAAAGGGGGGCUCGAUCAGUGGCUAUUUUUCCGGCCGACCGGUGUCGGGGCUGA